UCAUUUGUCAUUGUUUGUCAAGUUGCGGUGUGGUUAGCGUGUUGUGGUCUGCGCACGUGUGGUUGAUUUUGUUAUUUUCAGUAAAAACCCCAUCAAUUUAGUAUUAAAAUGGGUAAAAUAAAACUAGAACAUGUGGAGCCAGAAGAUCAAGCUGACGUUAGUGUUAAAACUGAGCCACAAACUUACGAUGAAAAAGUCGAACAUUGCAGUGUGAUUGCCAAACCGAUGGCGCCGAAGAAACUUAGCAAAAAGAUAUAUAAACUCAUCAAGAAAUCUACAUCUCACAAAAACUACCUUAGGAAUGGCCUGAAAAUCGUACAAAAACAACUGCGGCUAGGUGAAAAAGGGCUGGUAUUUUUCGCUGGAGACAUUUCACCAAUCGAAAUCAUGUGCCACUUACCUGCCGUUUGCGAAGAAAAGGACAUUCCAUACUGCUACACACCUAGUCGUAAGGACAUUGGAGCCGCUAUGGGCACCAUGAGAGGCUGUGUUAUGGUGCUUGUAAAAGAACAUGACGACUACAAAGAUUUGUACCAAGAAGUACGAAGUGAGAUCAAAUUGCUCGGACACCCAGUCUAGGUUGUAAGUUAAGAUUGUACUAUUUUACGUAGAUGAUUAUGGUCAUAUCUUGUAGUGUUCAUGUACCUCUGUAUAAUUAGAUUCAGAUAUUGACAUUGGUAACAUAACAAUUCGGUAUUGUUGUAUACAUUCUAUCUAUAUCAAUAUAGGAAUUGGCUGUGGGUCGAAAAGUUAUUUUUAUUAUGGCACAUUUACUCUGUAAUUACCAUGUACUUUUUCAAUCAUUCUUUAUAGCAAUAUUUCAUAAUUUAGUUUACAGAAAUAUUUAAAUGUGCCUUUCUUUUCUCAUGGUCUGUUGUAGCUCCGAGUUUGUAGAUUUUUCACUCACACUAUUCUAUGUAUUCUAGUAGUGUCUACCUCAAUAUAACUUGUUUGGUAAACUUACUUUAAGUAUGCAUUGAUCUUUUCUUCAAGAUAAGAAAUUGCCAAACAUAAUACAAAUUUUUGUAGCACUAGCUAAUGGCUGUAAUUAGUACUUUAUUGACAAGUCAUAAGGCAUGAAUUUGAACAACUUUGUAAAAUUUAUUUGUCAUAAAUGGACACCAGAUGUUGCAAUUAUACCUACCAGUGUGUAUUUCUUUAUCUUGUGACUAUACUUUUUAAGAUAUAUUCAUUACAUUUCAAUAGUCUUUAUUCUAUUAGCGAUAAGGAUGUAAUUCAACCGUCUUGCUGGUAUUUUGAACAUGCAUUAUUUGACAGUACUUGGUGGCUUAAAAUCUGUCUGAGAAAUACAAUUUUAUUAAUGUUUAAGUUAGGUUAAGCAGAAAAUAUUGGUGUGCAAGAAAUGUGAAAUGUUAUUGUGCUGUUCUUGUGUACUAAGAUUUUUUUUAAAUAGACAAUUUAUUACCUA